CUGAAAGGUACUAACUAAACCGAUUCAUCUACAAUGGCGGGGGAAGACGAAAAAAUUGGCGCCCAGAGAUGAGCAAUAAUAAGUUCGCCUACUCGAAAUCAAUUAGUGCGAGUUAUUAUUCUUCUUAUCUUCACGAAAAAUCGAAGGGUGUAUCGAUCUAAUUAGGGUUCAGAGAGAGAGAGAGAGAGAGAGAGAGAGAGAUGGGUAGGAAAAAGAAAUCUAGGGCUUCGACAAACGAGGAAGAUGAGAUUGAGAGUGGUAAUGAUGGGGGAUCUUCUGAGACUAGUCUUUACCAGGUUCUUGGAGUUGAAAGAACAGCUACUUCACAGGAAAUAAGAAAAGCGUAUCAUAAGUUGGCGUUGAGGCUUCACCCAGAUAAAAAUCCGGAUGAUAUGGAAGCUAAAGAGAAAUUCCAGCAGCUUCAAAAAGUGAUAUCAAUUCUUGGGGAUGAAGAGAAAAGGGCUGUCUAUGAUCAAACUGGCUCUGUUGAUGAUGCUGAUCUUUCUGGCGACGUAUUUGAGAAUUUGCGGGAUUUCUUCAAGGCCAUGUUCAAGAAGGUCACCGAAGCAGAUAUUGAAGAGUUUGAGGCAGACUACAGGGGAUCUGAGACAGAGAAGAAAGACUUACUUGAGCUCUUCACGAAGCUUAAGGGUAAAAUGAACAGGCUCUUCUGCUCAAUGAUUUGCUCAGAUCCCAAGCUUGAUUCACACCGUUUCAAAGACAUUCUUGAUGAAGCCAUUGCAGCAGGGGAAGCGAAGUCAAGCAAGGCAUAUGAGAAAUGGGCAAAGAAAAUAUCAGAAACGAAACCGCCCACCAGUCCACUAGCCAGUCCAUCGAGGAAGAGGAAGAGGAAGAAGUCAGCAAAGGAUUCAGAGCCAGAUCUUUGCAUGUUGAUUGCGCAGCGAAGAGAUGAGAGGAAAGUGAAGGUGGAUUCAAUGUUUUCGUCACUCAUCUCUAGGUAUGGUGGUAAUGCUGAAGCAGAGCCCACUGAAGAAGAAUUUGAAGCUGCCCAGAGAAGGAUUGAAAGCAAAAGACCAUCCAAGAAGUCAAGAAAGUAAAGGUUAUAGAGUCUUCUAGUAGUUUGUGAUGGAACAAGAAAUGUUUAUUUUGUUUUAAAAUUGCAUCAAUUGCCAAAAUUGGCUAAUAUAUUUGAUCACUAUUUUAGAAAUAGAGAAAUUAUAUCGUGAAAACAAAAGCA